UUCCCCGCUUUAAACAGGGGGUCCACACCGCCGCCCCCACACACAGAUCCUCAGGAACCUCCUGCAGACAGCAAAGGCGCUGCAGGGAUGAACUGGGGUUUUCUGGAGAACGUUCUGAGCGGAGUGAAUAAGUACUCCACGGUGGUGGGCCGGAUCUGGCUCUCCGUUCUCUUCAUCUUCCGGAUCCUGGUCUUCGUGGCUGCGGCAGAGCAGGUGUGGAAAGAUGAAAACAAGGAGUUUGUCUGCAACACCAAGCAGCCCGGCUGCGAGAACGUCUGCUUCGACCGGUUCUUCCCCAUCUCUCAGAUGCGACUGUGGGCGCUGCAGCUGAUCAUGGUGUCCACUCCGUCCCUGCUGGUGGCGCUGCACGUGGCGUACCGGGAGCACCGGGAGAGCAAGCACGGCAGGAAGCUCUACGAGGAUAAAGGCAGGAUAGACGGCGGCCUGCUGUGCACCUAUCUGCUCAGCCUGGUUCUGAAAACCGCCUUCGAAGUGGGCACUCUUCUGACCUUCUACAUCCUGUACGACUUCAACGUGCCCAGGCUGCUGCGGUGCGAGGAGAGCCCCUGUCCCAACACCGUCGACUGCUACAUCUCCAAACCCACGGAGAAGAAGGUCUUCCUCUACAUCAUGGCCUGCACGUCCAUCCUCUGCAUCGUGCUGAACGUGACGGAGAUGCUGUACAUCAUGUCCAAACAGUGCUGGAAGUGCUUCAGUAAGAGGUACAUCCCUGUGGACCACAAGGGGGCGUGCCGGUGUCAUCCUCCAGCCACCCUAAUUCUCGGCUCACCUGGACUAAAGCCUGAAUCUGUGAGCAAAGAGAUGAUUCAGUUUCAGUCGACACCGACAUUGAAGGAACCAACCUGAACAGCACAUUCAGUUCCACAAACAGAAACAUAGAGAUCACGGUUGUCCCAACAAAACCUCGCAUCUCCAAAGCGGUAACUUUACAGGAGAAGGAAAAAACCUACUUUAAUUUUAAUGGAAGUCAAUGGAGUUUUUAUCAAGUGAAUUUUGGCCAUUUAUUUCGGUCCAUCCUUCAAGAAAUUUAUACAGAAUAUAAAGACCAACAGGCAUUUUCAGAUUCUGUCAAAACCUGAAAAUCAACAAAAACAGAUACACGAGGUUUUGUUCUGACAACAGCUAUAUAUAAAUAUAUAUUUAUCUAUCAACGUAUACACAUUUUGUCUGUGUGCCUUUGUAUUUAUCUCUGA